GAUGAUGGUAUUGAUUGAAUUUGAAAGUGAGGGACUACUGCUGCUGGACCUUAGCCCUGCGUAUCUGCAGACUGAAAAUCAUGAGUUGGUACGUCAAGAAACAUCUUCUGCUAAAACGUUAAUGGAUAUUGGAACUCGAAGGAUCUUCUCUUCGGAUCAUGAUAUCUUCAGGGAAAGUGUGAGGAAAUUCUUCCAGGAAGCAGUGCUUCCUUACCAUGCAGAAUGGGAGAAGGCUGGCCAGGUGAGCAGGGAGCUCUGGGAAAAAGCUGGACAACAGGGACUGCUCGGUGUCAAUAUAUCGGAAAAACAUGGUGGCAUUGGAGGGGAUCUGCUCUCUUCAGCAGUGGUCUGGGAAGAGCAGAUGUAUGUUAAUUGUACUGGCCCAGGAUUCAGCCUUCAUUCAGAUAUUGUCAUGCCCUACAUCGCAAACUAUGGCUCAAAAGAUCAGAUUGAACGGUUUAUCCCUGAAAUGUCUGCAGGCAAAUGUAUUGGCGCUAUAGCCAUGACAGAACCUGGGGCUGGCAGUGAUUUGCAGGGUGUACGAACGUAUGCAAAAAAGGAUGGAAGUGAUUGGAUUCUCAAUGGAAGUAAGGUAUGUGAGCGGAUGUGCUCUGACUUAUGGUGCUUGGGUACUGAAUACAUCCAGUUAGUGAGAGAAUUUACUUCAUUCUACAGCUGCUUUCCCAGCUCUUAGUGUCUCUACCCCUUU